AUGCACAAACGGGCUGCUGCCCCUGGUCCAGAGCGAGAGACAUUGGACCAGGCCCGCCAGAACGAACAGUUUCAUAAACAAGUAGCAGUGGACGCCAGAACCCAGUGCCGCGCAGUGAUGUCAGAAAACGCUUUGCUUCGCAGUCAGUUGAAUCAUGCUCUUAGCACUGCCCAAGACCAACAGGAGGAGGUUGCUCAAUUAUCUGCGAUGAUUGAACAGGGGCGCAUCCUCAUUGAACAGAUGGGGGCCAAUGAAGGGCACUUCCAAAGUCAGAUCACGCGGGGCCAAGAGCAACUUGCGUCGCUGAUGGACCGUGCCACUAGCGCGCAAACCCAGAUGACAGAAGCAUUGGCUGAGGUCGUUCGCCUGCAAGCUACUGUGCAUGCGCGGGACGACGUCGUUAACCGACUGAAUGCGCAGAUUCAUGAGCGAGAGGAUGAAAUGGAGAGUCUUCGCCUCCAAAUGCGGCAGAACGACCGUGUCCAAACCCCUGCUGGGCAGCCAAAACGACGAGCAGGCCGGGUCAGCAGGGAGUUCUUCCAGCCUGCGCGGCCCUCUUUGGUAGAGCUUGCAAUGGAUCCCGCUCCUGUCUCAAGCCCGUCAUCGCCCACUGCCCCUCCUGAUCCCAUCAAGAAACUGGCAGCAGAGUUAGACAUGGACGCCGACUUGCUGAUCAAGUUUGCGCAGGCCAUGAACAUGGUGAACAAUACCACUGCACACAUCAACGUGAAUGCAGGGAAAUCGACACCGCGCUACAAGGCCAGCCAAAAGUCCGAAGCAAAAGCGGCUGUUGCACCAGAGACACAGGAGCUAGUGAACAAGGCACGAGCGCUCAUGUGCAAGAUGAUUUACGAGAAGUUUGGAGUCCAGCAAGCGUCAGAUUUCAUCUUCCACGUCCCCGCUACAGAAGAGGAGGUGGAAGUCUUCGCUCAGGACAAUGAAGCCGCCAUCCAACGUUAUCAGUGGGAUUUCAGCCUGGACUACAAGUCCAGCGCCUGGAAUGCUGCGGUGAUGGAGAGACUCGUCGCUGAGGUCGUGAGGAAGGACUCGCUCAAUAUGCGAUACAUUGAGAAAGGUCUCAUAUCAGCCGAGUACCUUGGACACAUUGUGGAGGAGUUGCUUGUGCGCUAUCGUGGAGAUUGGAAGGAAUUCAAGCCCAAGUGGGAUAUAGAGCGAGAUCGCAUGGAGACGACAGCUGAAGCAAUUGCUCGCGGCAAGCUCACGUUGUUCGCCUGUCGGGUCUUGUCCCGUACAAUCAACGCCCAGCACAUGGAGUCUGAUGGCGCGGAGGACAUUGCAACGUGGAAGAGACUAUUGGAAAUUUUGAAUCUGCUUGGAGCAGCAGGAAUGUCUGAAGAGGAGGAAUCCAGCAGGAGCAACAGAGGCACAAAGACCAGAAUGUACGUUGUCAAGCUCGAUAUCUGGUGGGAGCCACUUGUUGCGAACUACAUGGACAUUAUCAACAAACACACGAAUUACUUCCAGGCUCUUCACAAUGGGACCAAAGCAGCUCCUUGUCAACGGGUCGAGCAGGCGGGAACAGGAAAGCCACUCAAGGGGCUCCCGGAGUGCCUUUAUAAGUCCGGCUGGCUUGCCUCGCUGUCUUCGAUGGAGUUGAAGGAAUUGAAAGUGUCGAAGCAGGCCUUUGCGCUCUUCGUUGCAGCGACUAACAGGAUGGCAAGGUAG